GUUGCGGUUUCUUUAGCUAUGUUUGAUUGGAACGACGAAGAGCUUGAUAAUAUAAUAUGGGGUGAGCCUGGUGAGAUUGAUGACCAUAUUGUGCCUUUCCGUGAGGGAAGUGAAGAUAAGCCUCCAGGAUUACAGGGAGAUCACAUUAAAAAGGAGCAGGAUCAUGAUGCUACAAAUGCUAAACCAGCUGGGCAGAAGAAACUUGCUAAAAUUGAAUAUACUAGGGGUGAACAAGCGAGCCCUUUGCACUAUGAUACGAAUGAAGGAAUUUCUGCAUCAGGAUAUAACAUGGAUCCAUUGCCUGAUUUAUCUUCUAAACAUCUUGUCAGAAUUCAUCGGUCCAUGGGGACCGAAGUAUCUAAUGUUUUAACUGAAGCCACAGAAUUUGGUUCUAAGGGAGGUAAGAGUAUUACUUAUAUUAUUCAGAAUCAGCAUGAAACUAGGGAGCAAAGUGAUUUUGUUGACUACGGCUGGGAUAACAUUGGAAGCUUUGAUGAUCUUGAUAGAAUUUUCAGCAAUGACGACUCAGUAUUUGGAAAUGUGAGUCUUGGUAAUGCAAAUGAGUUGUGGCCAUCUUCAAAAGACAUAGCAAAUAGUCCUGAAGGAUCUUUUCAGUUAUCAAUGGACUCUCCAAGUUUGGGUUUAGGAACACAGAGGAGUACAUCUGGACAUUUUGAAGUUAAAACAGAAUAUGUACAAGAUCAAGACCAUUCUUCAACACAUGGCUAUGUGAAAAUGAACUAUCUGGCAUCCUAUUCUCAGCAAAAUGUUCAUGCAGGUGGUGAUCAGGUAGACUAUGUCGGAGUUAAAAGUAAGCAUGUAGCAAAGGAGAAGAGUGAUAUUGAAUUGCUUGGGAAGACCCCAGAAUUCAACUCCAACCUUGCUGCUGAAAAUAUUGCGACAUUAAAUGAAUUCAGAGACGAGGCACAGGGGAAGAAUCAGAGAAAAAUAUCCAGAAGCCAUAAAAAAUCAGGAGGAUCUGUUGGACAACAGUCACAAGAUUCAUGUGCUACCUGGUCUCUAUCUUCAAACCAAUUCCAGCAGCUUGAUGAUCAAAUUGCACUGUCAAUGCCACAAAUUACAUCUUCUGUUCUCUAUGAGCAAAUACAGCUACAGAGACCUGCGUCAUCACAAUAUCAGCAAUCUACCACCCCAUUAGCAGCCUCUUCUGUGAAUGGAAGUAUCAAAAAUCAAUGUUGCACUGUGAACAAUUUUCCACAAAUACAUUCUAGAGAAGAUAAUCAAGCAGCACUUUCUGGUUAUGAAGUUUCUUCAAGUAUCACAAAUCCUUUAAGCAGGUCUCUGGGUGCCUCCACAAAGUCACUGAUAAUGACACCUCAGGAAAAGAUUGAAAAAUUAAGAUGGAGGCAGCAAAUGCAAGCUUUGCUUGCAAUUCAGAAACAGCAGCAGCAACUCAAUCAUCAAGUCACUUGUAAUGAUCUUUCAGUUGCUCAAAAGUUCCUGCAUGCAAAUCAAGUCCAGAAGAUGCAGGGAGGGGAUAUUGCAGUUGAAAACAAUAGCACCCUACCUUCAAAUGAUCCAAACUCAAACAUUGAACAGGAUGACUCCGAUGCAAUCUCUUUGGCAAUUGAAAAUAAUUAUUCAGUGGAGGAUACUGUUCUUCACCAGCUUCAGGACAUUGUUACCAAGUUGGACAUCCGAAUAAGACUCUGUAUACGAGAUAGCUUGUUUCGAUUGGCUCAAAGUACAAUGCAAAGGCAUUAUCCUAGUGAGACAAGCAGCACAAACAAAGAUAGCAGAAAUGAGCUUGAAAUCCUCACAACAGAAGAAGCGAGUCAUCAUAACAGGUUGACUCAACUGUCCAAUGUGGAGACAGCAACCAAUCCCAUUGACCGAACCGUGGCUCAUCUGCUUUUCCACAGAUCUAUUAAAUUAUCCACAAAACAUCCCGACACCCCUGAAUCACCAGCAUCAGCUAAGUUCCCGUGUGAAAGAAAGACUGCUGGUUCAUUGAAUUCACCUAGAGGGACCUUGCCUGACAAUUACAUAAGUAAACAGGAUAUGUCAAUCUGUGCUUCAAGAGAUCCUAUUCCUGGCCUACAUGCCGAAGGAGAUUGCUCUAAAAACAAUCCCUGCAUGGAUACUUCUGAGAAUGCUUCAAACGCUGAAGCAGUAGCAGCAGCAGAUGAUAGAGGUACAGGGGUUAAUUGAAGCGUGGCAAGCAUCAAAAUUAAGUUAUACAAUGCAAACUGAAUCUUCAUCGAGUGCAUCACGAUGAUGGCCGGUGAGGUUUCCUAUUAUAUUGUCGGCUGAUUGGAGCUUCAUCAAUCGAUCCAGCCACUUUCAUAAUGCCCUAUUAAUAAUCGUACAACAUCUGAGCAAACAAGACUUCACUUAUGCAUAUGCAAGAGGGUUGUGUGUGUGCAUGAUAUGCCCUUUCCUGUUUUCUUCUGGAAGAACAUGACCAUUAUCCCAACCCUGUUAAUUGUCUGUUUGCCAUGCUUCCCGGGAAGGGUGAUCCUUCUUAAGCAUGGCUUUGUGGUAAUAAUCCUGUCCGUGCCAGUAUUAACUGUGUGUUACCGUUUGGAAAACUGAUCUGGGUCGAAUUGUGUUUAAUUGUGUUCUAUCAUCUGUUUGACUGUUGGUGUUUGUGUGACUAUGCUCUAUUUGCAGUGAAGAGAGUCAUUUCUUAGUUCAA